AUGUUUGACGUAUCAUGCUUGUUGAUUAUUUUCACUAUAUUUUAUCCUAUUAAUUCAGCCUUUUCCGGUUCGCAUUUAUUUUGGGGACCUCAAUCAUUGAGAAACUUUGAAAACCAUGUAUUUAGUACUCCAAAUGAAGAAAAGUUUAAAACAAUUGUUGAAGAUGUGAAAGUUUUUUUGAUAUUUUGUUCAAGCGAUUUCACAAAAUUGGAUGAAAAUGUACUGCCAAGACUAAAUGAAAUUAUCAAUAAAAGGGAAUAUUUUUAUCUAUCUGAGACCAAGUCAAUAGUUGAUAUAUUAAACGGACAGAACAAAACAAAAAUAAUCGAUGUUGACCCACAAGAUCCAAAUCUAGACUUUAUAAUAACUGAAGAAUAUUUAAAGUUUGAGAAAAAGUAUGGAACUGAAAAUGUGCUGUCGUUAUUAACAUGGCCAGGCACUACUACUACGAGUAUUAAGAAUCGUGUCAAAAGAAACGAUAUACAAGACCAAACAGAAGCCCCACCAAUCGAAGAAGAAGAUGAGGUUAUAUAUAACGUUGUUGGGAAAUCUCUACUUUAUACUAAAAGCGCACCAGUUCUUCGAAUGAUUAUUAGCAAUGAUGAUUUAGAAAAUUAUGGAACGACAGAUGAAAGUAAAGAAUUGAGAGAAGUUGUGUAUAUUUUGAAAAAUCACGAUCUGGUCACACUUGAUGAUAGAGAUCAGCUUAGUAGACUAAUUAUCACAUUCAGAUUAGGAGAUGGAUAUAAGGUUAUAUUACGUUUUCGAUUCCCUAUGACGAUGCUUUCAUGGUCUCUCACAAGUGUAGAAUUGGAGGAUUCGAAAGGUUUGUAUCUCGUCCUGCCAGUGGUUAGCGGAAUUCCAACUGCUCCCAUUGGAUUCUCUUAUAAAUGCUCUAGCCCAUUGGUGUUUAAGAAUGGUACAACUACACUGAGCUUGUUCAAUGUUCAGGCUCAGCCUGCUUUGAAGGGUCGAAACCGCUUUGGGGACGCAUACAAUUGUGUCGGAUUUACUACUAUCCCGAUAUGGAGUGGAAUACUCGUCAGUUCGCUGCUUUUAGGAGGACUGACGAUUGCAAUACUCGUAAUCAUGGAUAUACGCACUCCAAACAAAUUUGAAAAUUCCAAAACCAAACUGACCAUCACAAAUUAUGAUUAAUCAG